GAAGGGGAGCAGAACAGUGCCUUUGUCAUUUGGAAAAGAGGAAGUUUGGCAGGGGUGGGUCAGCCCUGUGGUUAGGUACCCUUUCUCCGAACCUAGACCAGAGAUGACACCCUGGAUCCCUGCUCUGCAGGACUCACUCUAUGGACCUCUUGCGAUUUUUGUCAGUAGCAGAAAGACCUCUCAAAGCAAGGCUCUGAGGGCAAGGCCUGUGACCUACCCUUGGAUAGCAGCCCCCAUUCCCUCCCAGUGUCCCUAAAAGCUGACCGCCAUGUUCUCUUCUCUUCCAUGGCUGAGGAACAGGAGGGUGGUUCUGUGGCAGAGCUGGAAGAAGCCCACAGCAGCACUGAGGACCUUCUCUCAAUAGACAUGGCUCUCCAAGGCACAGAAUACUACAGAGACCUGGGCUACAUAGCACCUGUGGAGAUGACAUCAUGGGUCCCUCUGGCCUCCUGCUCACAGGAGAAGCCGCCAGGGGAACUUGUAGCCCCACAGCUCCAGGAACCUGGUUGCUUCCGUCAGAGCCCAAAUGGCCUCUGUCCUGAGGACCAAGGAGUCGAGCCCUUUCCCAUGCUGGCCCAUUCAAUGACCACAUCUCGGAGACACAGCUGGGAGAGGCCUCUGUCUCCCUUAGAUGUCGGAAGGAGGUCAGGCUUCGCCAGAGUGAAGUGGGGACUCAGCCUGGACGCCUCGGACUUGGGCAGUGACGAGGAGCGAAGUUUGCCCAGAACAUUUGCCAGCCAUUCCUUGAAUCUGCCUGGAGGGGGCCUGCAGGCCUGGGCAGAGAGGACAGGUCACCGAGCAACCUUCCGGGGCAGGGCCUCACCUGAGCUGCCCUACAUAGCCAUGGAAGAGCCAAUGAGACAGCAGGAAUUUGACAGCUCUUGGAGGAGGCUGAGGUCAAGGUCUGUUCCUCAAACUGGUGAUAUGGUUUCUCCCUCAAGAAUCGCUCAGAACCUGGAGGUUUCCAUUCCAGCUGCCCAAGGCGUUGAACCCCCUAUGCUGGAAAGAGCAGAAAAAGACCACGUGUCCCCUGAUCAUGUCUUAAUUGUCCAGCAAGUUCUUCAAGAGCUCAAGCAGUACCACGGGGCGAAGCAAAGGGCUCACUUAGGGGAUGACCCCAGGGAUUCCCAGCAGAACAUAACUUGGUUUGAGUUCCUGUCCAAUGAGAAGGAAGAUGAUGGGAAGAGUGAAAAGAGUGAGAAGGGGACCAAGGUGAAGCGAAGGCUGAGCUCCCUGAGAAGUCGAGUGACUGGCUCCUGGCAGAAGGAUAAGGGUAAGAACAAAGAACAACAGAAAGAGAUAGAGCUGAGGGAAAAAUGGAGAAGCAUAAAUGGUCACCAGUUAGUGCCAGGGACUUUCUCCAGCUGUAUCAACUGCUCCCUGUGUAGCAAACCCCUGCUCAAUCGGAAUGGGCUGCAAUGCUUGAACUGUGCAGUGAAUGUUCAUAAGAAUUGUAAGAAUUUACUGGCCGACUGCAGUAAUAGCAAUAAACUCAAGCAGAAAGAUUUCCAGCACAAACCUCCAGGAUCUCCACAGAGUUCAACACAAAGUUCAGCCCAGAGUCUUUAUCAAGCAGCCUCUUUGAAGGAGCAGCCUCGUAGCACCCUCCUGGGAUCUAAUGGCACCCCAGUUCUGCCUAGGAAUGUCGGAAUGACUAUCUCGACCAGGGCGAGUCUUCAGGCGGCAAUGAACACGGCUGGAACUCUGAAUAGAUUUGGAUCAGGUACAGGAGAGAUGGAUGAUACCGACUCAGGAUUUACAAAAUUCAAGCAGCCGACGGACGAUUCUCUUUCACUUGCAUCAUCAACUACUGAAUCUAUUUUUGUGGAAGAUUCCUACUCUGCCUCGCUGAGAAGUGAAAUAGAGGCUGACGCACAGGAAUUUGAGGCUGAGUCCUGGAGUCUUUCUGUGGAACUGCUGUAUGCAAAGAAACAAAAAAAGGAAGUACUGAAAAGGCAAGAUGUCAUCUACGAGUUAAUACAGACUGAAGUGCAUCAUGUCAGAACCCUGAAGAUCAUGUUGAAAGUCUAUUCAAAAGCGCUGAAGGAAGAGAUGCAGUUCAGUAGCAGAGUCCUCAACCGCAUCUUCCCGUGCGUGGAUGACUUGCUGGAGAUGCACGGGCAGUUCUUGUACCGCUUGAAGGAGCGACGCAGAGAAUCCUUGGCAGAAGGGAGUGAUCAGAAUUAUGUGAUCCAGAAAAUUGGAGACCUCUUGGUACAACAGUUUUCAGGUGAAAAUGGAGAAAGAAUGAAAGAAAAAUAUGGUAUCUUUUGUUGUGGUCACAACGAAGCCGUCACUCACUACAAGGAACUGCUCCAGCAAAACAAGAAAUUCCAAAACAUGAUAAAGAAAAUUGGCAACUUCUCUAUUGUGAGGCGGCUUGGUGUUCAGGAGUGCAUUCUUCUCGUUACUCAGCGCAUUACCAAGUAUCCUGUGCUGGUGGAGCGCAUUAUUCAGAAUACUGAAGCUGGGACUGAAGAUUAUGAAGAUUUGAACCAGGCUCUCAGCCUAAUAAAAGACAUCAUCACACAAGUUGAUGCCAAAGUGAACGAAUGUGAGAAGUGGCAGCGUCUCAAAGAGAUUGUUGGCAAGAUGGACCUCAAGUCCUCUGGCAAGCUCAAAAAUGGGCUGACCUUCCGGAAGGAAGACAUGCUCCAUAGGCAGCUCCAUCUUGAUGGAAUGCUGUGCUGGAAGACUGCAUCAGGGCGUCUGAAAGAUGUUCUUGCUGUCCUGUUGACUGAUGUACUUUUGUUGCUACAAGAAAAGGACCAAAAAUAUGUCUUUGCAUCUGUGGACUCAAAGCCACCUAUUAUUUCAUUACAAAAGCUAAUUGUAAGGGAGGUAGCAAAUGAGGAAAAAGCAAUGUUUCUGAUCAGUGCCUCAAUGAAAGGACCAGAAAUGUAUGAAAUUUAUACCUGCUCCAAAGAAGAGAGAAAUUCAUGGAUGACCCAGAUCCGCAGAGCUGUGGAAAGUUGCCCUGAUGGGGAGGAAGAACCGUUCGGUGAGGCCGAAGAAGACAGAAAAAUGGCUGAAGCCCGAGCUGUAAAAUUAAAAGAAUUCCAAGAGCGUUUAAGCAAGAAAGAUGAACUGAUUGCCCAAAGUCUCAAUGAGAAACAGCAGAUUUAUUUGGAAAUGGCUGAGAUUAACAGCUUUGAAGAUCUUCCUCCUGGCUCGCAGUCCAGGUUCUUUUUCCGAGGAGGGGAACCCUCAGAGAACCUGCAAGGCGAUGUGAUUCUGAAGUCGGCAAUAUCUGAAGUUGAGAAUAUCCAGAACCUGAUCUACAAACAGCUGGGGAGCGUCAGCUGUCGAGGUGAAGAUGGCGGCAGUGGGGAUGACCCCUCAUUACCCCGGAGAGCAGAGACCUUUGGAGGCUAUGACAGCAGUGCAAAUCCAAAUAGAAAUGCUAGUUUUAAGAAAAAGGUCUACAAUAGUGAUGCCUGGUUUAAAGACCGGAGAAAUCCUUUUACCAGCUCAGACUCGCAGCUUGGUGACCUUUCAGGAGAUUCUGAAGAAGGAUCACAGACAACCGAGGUUACCCGAGUGGAUUGGAACAGCACGUCACCAGGCACAAUGGAACCUGAGCUUGUACAGAGAAUACAGACUUUAUCCCAGUUGCUUCUCAACCUUCAGGCAGUGGUCGCUCAGCAGGAUAGCUGCAUUGAAAUGCAGAGGGCCAUGAUCCUGGACCGAGAAAAACAAUACAGACUGCAGUCAACACGUGGAAACUUCCUGUUAGAACAGGAGAAACAGCGGAACUUUGAGAAGCAGAGAGAAGAGCUGGCCAACGUACAGAAACUCCAGAACCAACUUAAGCAGGAACAGCAGCGCUGGGAGCGAGAGCGCAGCCGGCAGCAGAAAGAACUGGAACACACGGAGGCCCGGCUGCGGGAGCGCGAGAAUGAGUCCCGGCAGCUCAGAGAGCGGCUGACCCAGGACAAAGAGGAGCUGGACCGGCAGCGGGAGGCCUACCAGCAUGACCUGGAGAGGCUCCGAGAGUCCCAGCGAGCUGUGGAGAAGGAAAAGGAGCGGAUCGAGCUUCUGAAAAAAUGGAAGAAGCAGAGCACUGUGCCUGGCCCCUUCCCUCCCGAAGGGGCAGAGGGCCAUGCCCUGAGCACCUCCUCUAGUUUCAAUGGUGAAGGCCUCGAAGGGGCUGUGCAGCUGACCAAGUCCUUAGGGAGGACCAGCACCCUAUCGUCCGGCUCUGAUUACUCGGAGCGUCCAGAAGUGGCUCGUCGCGACAGCACAACGGCAGAGGGCCGCCUGGUGAAGAGCGACGUGCCGAUUCAGCUCCUGAGCGCCACCAACCAGAUCCAGAAGCAGGCUGCUGUCCAGCAGCAGAUCCCCACCAAGCUGGCCGUGCUCACCAAAGGGAGCAAGGAGAAAGGAGGGAAAAGCAAAGCUUCCCAGCGGUCCGACAGCUCCACCUCCUUUGACCUAAAACAGCAACUGAUGCUCAACAAGUUUAUGGGCAAAGAAGAAAACACUAUAAAAACCCGCCAGUCCCCGAGUCCUGUUCUGGCAAGCCAGAAUGUUAUCGUACAUCAGGAGUCAUUUUUCCCAGCGGACAUUCCACCCUCAGAGAGCUCUCCUCUCAGCCCAGGAAAUAUGUUCAGGCCAAAUAGCACUCCCAUCCUCUCCCCCCCAGCCCACCUACCCACACAACUCCCCUCUGAAGACGACACCAACAAGGAAGAUGUGAUCUUUUUCUAAACUGCUAUAGUCUAGGGUGCGCCCAAGGCCAUCCUCUCAGAGGGGAUCUCCAUGGAGACUCCAGAGCAGCAGAGACCCAGUGCCGGCUGGCGUCUCCUGUCAUCUCCACAGGGACAUCUGCUUCAGAUGAAGCCAGGUUUUCAGUGUUCACCUGGGAGCUCCAGAGGGCUCAUUGUGACAGCGUUGGCACUCGCUUUUCUCUUUUUCAGGCAUAACCACUAUGGACUUGAACAUCGCCUAGGCAUAUCAAUUCCAAAUCUAUGGAUAUGUUCCAUCCACCAUAACGUGCUCUUUUUGGUGAAUUUACAAUGAUUCUUGGUUAAGUUUUAAAUCUCUUUUUUAGAAAAAGUUUUAAUUGGAAGUUGAACCAUAAAUGAACUAAGGAACUGUUCUAAGUGAUAGGACCCCAUGUGGGUAAGAGAAAAAUCUAUUUUCAAUCUGUUUUUACAGAGCUGUGGCCAGUGGUUGCAGUUUCAGAAAGCAGUUAGGUGACAAGCCAGCAAACCAGCCAUCCUAGGGUCCUGGGAUUCUCUGCCCUAUGCAUGAGCUGGAAGGGUGGACCUAGAGUGUGGGAGUAUAUUGGGGCCUUAAAACUAUUAACUUGGUUUCAAGGCCCCACAGGCCAAUUUAGGGAAUGUAUCCGUUCUGGGGGAGGUGAUCCUAGCAACCCGCCUUUUUCACUGUCCCAGGUUGGCAGCAGCCAGUACUGUCUGUCUUCAGAAAAGGCGCCUUAAGCUCGUCUCCACUUCUGAGGCUUUGCUGGAUGUGGUACAGAUUCCCAAAGCAAAUCAUGUUGGUUCAUAGUGAACCUGAGAUUGGGAUAUUUUCCUGAUCAUUGAUGAAGAUGCUAAAUCUAAAACAAUUUAGCAAAAUUGAGAGUGCAAUAGGUUAUUGUCUUCUGGAUUGUUACAGUGGAUGCCCUACUAGCGGGGGCCUUUCUUAUCACAAGGGCAGGAUUCUGAGGUGCUGGUGUCUUCACCAAUCAGCAGCUGGCUGGGAGGCAGCAACAUAUCAAGAAUGAAGGGAAUGUGGGCCCACGUAAUGAAAUGGAGUUUUCAUUGGCAAACUGUUGGGUUAUUACUUUGAAACCUCCUCAUUCUGAAAUUGAUAUGGUGAAGAAAGUGAACUUGACCAUUCAGGCUGCAGUGUGUACUUAUGGCAGCUCGGUGCAUGGCUCCAUGUUUAGGCCCAAGCCUUGUGGGGGCUCGCAGCUCCUCUGAUUGUCACAGACCCACCCCAGGGUCAACGUGUUUCUCUAAGCAGAUGAGUUCUCUUGGGGUUUGCCUGAGGCAGCCAGGCUUAAGCGUUGUACGUGGAUGUACAGAAGCUGCAGGCCGGAGGGUCGCACAGAGCCUUCAAGUGAGGUCAUACCAUCUUCACAGAGCAGUCUGGGAAAACGCCAUGCUCGCAGGCCAGGAAGCUGCUCAAUGACAGCAGCCUGUUCUCCUUUGUGUACCCCACUCUCCCCCAUCGCCCCGAAAAGCAGAGUGUGUCCUUUCUACAUUGGGCUGAUCGGCCUCAGGAAGUGACCAAGCCGGUUCCUGAAAUGGGGACAAACACAUUUUUUUAAAAAGUAUUCGUCUUAGAAUAUUCUCAUAGAUAUUGCGUGUUUAGUAACUGUUGAACGGAGUGGUGGUAAUCGAAGAAACAUUUUGUGCUGAUUUUCAGUGAUUAAGGAGCCAAGUCUAUUGGUUCAGUUAGAGUUGCAUGUAACCAAUAAAUCUGGAAUGAAGUACAUAUCUCUCAUAUCUAUCCAGUAAUUAGAAGAUGGCAAAUUAUUUGACGUUUCCUGUAGAAAGAAUCAUCAGUAGUCAGAUGCCAGAAAAAAAACAGGAUUAGUGGUGAGCACAAAACAGAUUCUGUUGGAAAAACUGAUUUACAGUAAAAUUUUGUUGGUGUCAAGUGUCCCCCUCUUUUCUCCUCUCUGUAUGAAGGUAGUUUCAUAGUUUUAGAACUGGAAGUAAGCAGGGAAGUCAUCUAGCCUAAUACUAUCACCAAUGAGGAAACUGAGGCCAGCACUGGGAGUAAGUAGCAGAAUCUACAUUUGAACCCAGGCUCUCUGACUCUAAAUCUGUCACACAGCAGUGUCACAGAAAUGAAACUGUUUGCCUCUGGUUCUGUUGGACACUUGGGGAAAAAAUAGCCUCAAAAUCAUAAUACUAGGGAGGUGGCUAGACAUUAUUUCUCUCUGCUUCCAUCCACAAUCGUGUUCCAGCUUUGGCCCAAACCCUAGACUUUCAGACUUGUGCUCGGAAGGUAGUGAUGUGGGACUUGCUGGGCUGAUUGGAGGGUUUGGCCUGUUACCCAUCAUACCCAGGGAAGGAUCCUGAGUUCUUCAUUGGAAUCGUCAACCCACAAUAAAAGUUUUAGGCCUGAUCGCAGGGGCUUGAUUCAUCUGAGGAGGGACUGUGCUUUGUAGCAAGUGAAGAGGUGUGUCCGUGAGGUCUGGGGGCCGCUUGGGCGCCUGAUGAAGGGCCCUGAGAGUCUUCUGUUUCCUUAUUAUUAGCAGACGCUCACAGGGAAAUCACUCCAAACACAUACAUAGGGGUUCCAAAAUGUAUUUGUUAAUGGAGCCUGGAAGAAAUCUUUCAGUUCCUUUGAGUCAAAAUCAGAUUUGAAAGUUGUCGUUGCAAAGCCAGGCAGGCGAGAUCAACGGUCAGCGAAGAGGGAGCCUUUGUAAAGAGCCAGCAUGGGACUCCUUUUAGUGCAGCCUGGUCUGGCCUCUCCAGGUCCUAGCCCUGAGUGUGCGUGGGUCCUUUGCCUGUUCACCACAGUUGGGGCACAGCCAGUUGGCUUUCUUUUUGUGAUCUUGGGAGCAGCAACCUGCAAGUUUAGAUUCAGAUCAUGUCCUUUUUGAGGCUGUUGGGAUUCUGCUACUGAUGUUGUACAAUGCCCCUGGAGAAAGGUGAGCCUGAGCUCUUGGUCAGAAGAAAAGGCGCCAGUCUUGAGAUGGCUUGUCUUUCCUAGAGAAUCCUGCACCGUACCCUGGAGAGUGCCUUUCACCACAGCCCUGGAAAGACCUUUCUUUUUUCCUUUUCCACAUGUUCCCAAUUGUUCUGUGGCCAUGCUUUCCCCCCAUAAAGAUUGAUGGCUCUUGUGUUUUUUGCUGUGUCUACCAGAGUGCUGCAUUGUGUUAUGAGAUGUUCCUAGAGCAAACCCGAGUUAAACCUGGGAGGUCAGGGCAAACAAGUGUGCCUGAUUUUGCUAAAACCUUUUCCACAUCAAUUUGCAGAAGGGACCGAAAGCAGAAACCAUCUUCCUUCUUACCUUCACUCUAGUAAGAGAAACCUUGGAACAUUGCUUUGCCGUCUGCCCAGAAAUGAAUUCCUAACACUUGGGAUCGUGUCUCUACCCAAUCUCUUCUUUCUCCCCCACCCCUAUCCCCAUCCUCUCCUUCUUGAAGAAGGGGUUGUACAAUCAUGAGAUAUCAUUCAUUUCGAUUCCUGUUAUGGUUGCCGGUCCCACUCAGCAAGUGAAGUUCUGAGAGAGAAAAGUUGUGGUUUUUACCGUUUCAAAAACUCUUUCCACAUUGCCCUUUGAAAUGUAUGUACCACACAUUAAAUUUCAUGUGUGCCAUGUUUAUAAUCAGUGUUUUAUAUUUUUGUAUUGAAGUAUUGGAGCACUUUAGAAAAGUUGACUUUGAAUUUGUUUGAUCUUGGAAGGAAAACUUCUUGUCCAUAAUUCUGUUGCUGUGCUCACGUAAUAGUUCUUUACUGAGCUGUGAUAGGGUUUGAUGCUGUUUAGUCUUAGGUCCAGUCCAGUGACUUUGUGAUCUAGGGAUCUCAUGAAUCAUCAUGAUAGGAAGUUCAGGGAAUUUCAAGCCAACCACUCACUGUAGGAGAGGACCGACUGUCUUCUUCCCUGGGGUUGGGGAGGUUCCUCAGUUCUGCUAGAAUGGCAAGGUUGUAAAUAGUUAUUCCCCUGCCAGUAGUAUCCCCAUCACUUCUUGUUGGUAUCUAAUUUUAUUUGUAAAAUUGAUGGUUAAGUACAUGUUAAUAUCUCUGUUGACUCGUGCACUUCGUUAAUUGUACUGUGAUCUUAGUUCACCUCCUGGUUUGUUGUUUUGUUUUUGUUUCUGUUUUUACAAUGAUUGUGCUGGCUCUUGACUGCACGAUUUCAGAACAGUCUUGGAAACCGAGUACUGAUUUCUAGCAAUAAAAAAAAUUACUAAAACAA